UGUUUGCUAUUUUGUCUUACAACAUUCAAAAGAUAGGGCCCUGAAAUUGAGGAUCUCUCUUCUCUGCUCAUCGCCAAUCGAAACAUUUUCUAAAAAUGAAGAAUGAAGAUGCAGCGAUUCGGAAAUGCUUCUAUCAAUCUUCCAACUCGUAAUUUUAUCGUAAGUUCCCUUGACGAAGAAGAUCAUUCCAAUUUUCAGUUUCGCCCAUUUUUCUGCAUCGUCAUUGACCUCCGUUGUCUCGAGGACUCUAUCUUUUCUGAUCGAUUAUUCAGAUUCUUUGGUCUCUCUUGUGAUUUAGCUUAGAUCAGAUCUUAUUGUAUUGAAGAGAAAUGGGAAUCGAUGCAGAAGAUAUCAAAUUAUGCGUUUGUAGAAUUGUUCAUCUGUCCCUUAGGGUUAGUCAUAGAUUUGUACAGAAGCGUCCUUAUAUGGCCGGUACAUUGUUGUGUCUCUUCAUCUUGUACAUUUUUCUGCCGUCUGUUCUUAGUUUGAUGUUUUACAGUUUGCCAUUUAUUGGCUUAAUUGGAAUGCUCCUGGCCUUUCGGACUUCUAGAAAGUCCACAAUUCGAGUUGAGAAACUAGAAGAUAAAAAAAUAGAGGUCUCUAAACUGUCGACGGCCACAAUUACUAGAAAUCGUAGCGCCUACUUACGAAAUGCAACCAGUCGGCGACAACGAUUCAAAGAAAAGAGUGAAGCAUGGAGACCGGAAGCUACCAAUGCUUCCGGAGGAAGCACGGAUCUUUCGGUUGAAUCCGAUAACUCGAAAUCAUUGAUCGAGGUGAAAGAAACACAAUCUAUUGACUCUGUAAAUAAUAAAUCUGGUCAUUGUACGUCAGUUGAGGAAGAUAUUGAAGUUUCCAAUAAAGAAGAACCGAUUUUAGGCUCGGAGUUAGUAGUAAAACCUGAUGUCGUAGCUUGUGAUGGCUUAAGCUCCCAGACUAAUAAAUCUGAUAGCGGUGGCGAUGAGACGAAGAAUGAAAGCUCGGAAGAUCCAGAGGAUGAAGAUGAAGAGGAGGCACGAGAGGAUAGGAAUAAAGCUGUGGAGUGGACAGAAGAUGAUCAGAAGAAUUUGAUGGAUCUUGGGCUUUCAGAGAUUGAAAGGAACAGAAGAUUGGAGAGCCUUAUUGCGAGGAGAAGAGCCAGAAAGUUGUACAGACGAAAAAAUGAAGAAACUGCUCUAACAGUCGACAUUUUUCCUCCAGGUCAAAUUCCCAAAAUUAUCGCUACAAGGAAUGGUCUGCUCAAUUUGGUAGAUGGUUGUAGAGAGAUGGAAGGCGUGUCAUGGCCUGGUUCUGCUCCUUCUAUUUUGUUGCCAACGAGAAAUCCUUUCGAUCUUCCAUAUGAUCCACAUGAAGAGAAGCCAAAUCUGAUGGCCGAUAGUUUUCAACAGGAAUUCACAGCAGCCCACCAAAAGGAAUUAGCAUUCUGCAGACACGAGAGCUUUUGUUUUGGACUCACUUACCCAGAAGAAAUUGGGGGACUGGGAUACCACCCCAGAUAUCGAAGACCUUCAAUUUCGAUUGCAGAUAAAGGCGAGCACGAUUGGCUAAUUGAACAGCUAUUAUUUAAAAGCGAUCAAGUCCCCCGCCCUGCAAAAGAUCCUAUUGAUAUAGAAACCAGAAGCAUUCAAACUGAAGAUUCAACACAAACCAGAGAUGCUAAUUCAAUGGAGCUUGAAAGCGAUCAAGAGAAGGAGAUUCCGCCAGAUUCCGAGAGUGAACUUGAAAUGGAACCAGAACUGAUGCAAGACGGUAAUAGCCAAUCAAGUCAUUCAUCUUCAUUGGAUAAACCCGAAGAUUUGAUCUGUGAUGAUGUCAGAGUGGUUUCAAAAAGCACCGAGUCAACAUUGAGCAGUGCAGUGAACAAAAACUUGAACUGCAGAGUAUUAAAGAGCAAAUUAAUAAAGGAGACACUCUGUGAGUUUAGCCCCAUGGCAUUUGAUAAGAACAAAAUGGAGGAGCGUUUUCCCUAUCCAGAUAAAGUGGUGUGUCACACUCCAACUUACUCCAUUGCUUCUGACAUGCAAGUAGAGGUCUCUGAAAUUGGCUCCCCUCCGACUGUGGAUGGGAACAAUACUGAUGGAGAAUCGUUGAACCCUGACUGGGAGAUUGAAAAGGAGGCAAGUUUUGGAGGUGAACAAGAUGACUUGGGUCCGUUGAUGGAGGUGCGGUUUAAUGAGAUUGUAUCGGGUGUACAGGAGGAAAAAGUAAAGGCAUUGAGUGUCAAAGAAGCAUCGUCCCCUAAAACUAUUAAAAGUCCAAUGGCCGAGGAGCUGGUGGAUUAUCCUUCUCAAGUUGUCCCUCAAAUGCCUGAGGAGUUGUCUUUUCCCACAGAUGAUGAUGAAGAAGCGAUAAGUUGCAUUGUUGACCAAAUAAAUCCAGAAGCUCUAGUGAACUUGGAAAACAUGGCAAAAACCAGUGAAGAUGGAGACAAUGGAUUGGAGAUAUUGGUCAAACAAGAGGACGAUGGAAAUGGAACAAGAUCGUUGGAGGAGACUGACCGAAACUCUAGCAAAUCUUUUAAUGUUGGUUCGGAGGAUUCUUCUGGAUGUCAAGCCCACUUGCACCAUGAACAUUCAGAAGAAGGAAACAAAAAUAUGGAUCAAAUUACUGUGAAUGGAGAUCUAGGCUGUGCUCAUAAACAUCUAGAAGAAGAAAUUAAAAGCAAGGAUAAAAUUACUGGCAAUGGAGAUCUUGGCCGGGCUCAUGAACAUUCAGAAGAAGGAAGUAAAAACACAGAUCAAAUUACUGGCAUUGGAGAUGUUAUAGAGCCAAGAAAGGUUGAAGAACAAUUUGAGUUUAUUCACGACAAUAAGAAUCAACCGAAUGUCGUGGAAGCUGAAUUACAGAGUUCUAAAAAUUCCUUGAAAUUGCCUGUAGAGGACGACUCGGUCAGUUAUGGACGAGUGCCUCUUGCUUUCAAUGACAUAAACACUUCAGAAAAUCAACAAAGUGAAUUUCAGAAGUCUAUUGAAGAUCUUGUAGAGCCAAGAAAGGUUGAAGAACAAUUGGAAUUCAUUCAAGACAAAAAGAAUCAACCAAAUGCCGUGGAAGCUGAAUUACAGAAUUCUAAAAAUUCCUUGAAAUUGCCUGUAGACAACUCGGUCACUUAUGGAGGAGUGCCUCUUGCUUUCAACGACAUAAUGUGUUCUAGCGCUUCAAAAAAUCAAGUAAGUGAUGUAAAAAGUGAAUUUCAGAAGUCUAAUGAAGCUUUUGUAGAGCCAAGAAAGAUUGAAGUACCAUUGGAGUUGAAACAAGACAAUAAGAAUCAACUAAAUGUUGUGGAAAUUAAAUUCCAGAGUUCUAAAGAUACCUUGAAAUCAACUAUGGAGGACGACUUGAUUAAUGAUGGAGGAGUGCCUCUUGAAAUAGUCUCUGAUGCAUCACAGAAUCAAGUAAAUGCUGUGCAAAGUGAAUUUCAGAAGCCUAACGAUGUCAUGAAAUCAACAGUGGAGCAAGACUCGGUCACUGAAAGAGAACUUCUUGAUACCACAGCAGGAUUAUCUCCAGAGUCUUCAAUGGAAAAACAAGUCCAUAUGGACAAGGUCUCCUUAUCACAGGAUCCCAUCGUGUUCCACGAGAAUAACCCAAAAACCAUGGAGAAGGAUGAUAAUAAGCCUGCUGACUCCGUCGAAGCCAAAAACAAGUUCAUCAAAGACCUUUCAGAACAAAAGGGUGAAAAAUCCAACUUGGAUGCCAAGCAUGAACUUGAAAAAACAAAUCAGAAUUUGAGCUCACCAAACUCAGAGCCCAAUGUUGAUGUGAAAAUCGCAGAAAUCACUGUACAAGAUGAGGUAGCAGAAAUUACAGCCAAAGAAGUUGAAGUUGAAACUGAACCAACACCCAUUACCAACAAAAACAUGGAAGCUGUUGGAGGUAAUAUAUUGUAAAUUUCAUAAAUAAAAAAAGAAGAAAAAGAA